CGUAAGCAAGUAACAAAUGUCGUGACCCGAGCGACUUUUAAAAACCUGUCAGAAACGCGAAUUCAUUGCUUACAUUGUCUCAAUCCGCCGGGAAUUAUCUUUGGCGACAAGUGCCUAAGCGUGACUAGUUUGUUUGUACUCAACAAUAUUUUUGUGUAACUGCCAACUGUGUGUUAAAGUACCUAAGUAACAAUGUCAACUGACUUUACUAUAUCUCGCAUUGAAGAGUCGGAUUGUGACAAUGUGAUGCAACUGCUAAGAAGGACAUUUUUCGUGGAUGAACCACUUAUGAAAAAGAUUGAAUACUAUCAGCCUGGUGGCGAUUGUCCGGAAUUGGAACACAUGUGCAGGAACGCGUUACCAGGUUUAUCGUUCAAAGCUGUUGACGCCCAGGGUAACAUUGUCGGUGUUUUAAUAAAUGGAAUCACUCCGAAACAGGAAGUGGACUUCAAGCAAAUGAUUGAUAAUAGUCCAAAUCCAAAAUUCAAAAAGAUACUACAGUUUUUGGAAUACCGAGAGAAUAACGCUGCUAUUUGGAAACAGUUUCCGAACGACAGUCAAUUUUUCGAAAUAAAAGUGGCAGCUACUGAUCCUAAUUGGAGGAACAAAGGGAUUAUGAACGUUCUUGUGGCGAGUGCAGAAGAACUCGCUAAGAAGGAAGGAGUAAGAUUAGUGAGACUGGACGCAUCCAGCGAUUACUCGGCAAAGGCUGCUCUGAAACUUGGCUUUAAAAUAAUAUACACGAAGCCAUUCAACGAGAUUAUAGUCGAUGGAAAACCUCUUAUAGUUCCAGACCCUCCUCAUAUAGUCGAUAGGGUGUUUGUCAAAGAGUUAUUUUAAUAUUCAUAUAAAAUAUAUUAAACUGAUAUUAUUGUCUGAA